AUGUCAAAGAGGCAAACAAACGGUGGAUCCACAUUUUUUUCUGCAUCCAAAGUAUCUCCAUUGACUGAAAGUCAACAACGAGCACCAUGUCAACUGGAUUGGGCUAAAUCAUCUUGGACAAGAUGGAUACAGAUACCAUUAUUUUUGUGGGUAUCACCCAUUCUCUCAUUGGCUAAUAAACGUAAUCUUAUUGAAAACGAUCUUAAUGAUCUUUCUAAGAAUGAUAAAUGUUCAGUCGUGUUGAACAGAGUAAAUCAGAAUAAUUCUAAAUGGCCAGGUACAUGGCAUGUGUUCAGGAGAAUAUUUUAUAAAGACUUUAUACCGAGUAUAUUGCUUGUUUUUCCAUUCACAAUAGCUCGUAUAUCACAGCCAUUGCUUAUUCGUGAACUAACUCUUUACAUUAAAGAUCAAUCAGGAUUACCUGCUUAUUCUGGUUAUCUAUAUGCUAUUGGUCUUUGUAUUGCUGUAAUUCUACAAGCAACCUGUCUACAACAGAUGAUCUUUCGAAAUAUACUCGCAGGAAUACGAGUUCGCAAUGCAUUAUCAACUAUUAUUUAUCAGCACUUGUUAACUAUUUAUACUGCAGCUCUUCACAAGACUACUGCUGCUCAGACGAUUAAUUUAGUAUCAAAUGAUGCCAAUAAAUUUGCAGAAUUAAGUAUUUUUAUUCAUGCUUUAGUGAUAGUACCUCUGGAAGUUUUUGCAUGUUGUCUUGAUAUUGAUCUACAAAAUUUUGGUGAGGUUGGUGAUUUAUUGAUGAUUGGUGACAAAGGUGUUAGUUUGAGUGGAGGACAAAAGGCUCGAAUAUCGCUCGCUCGUGCACUUUACGCUGAUGCUGACUUAUAUUUACUUGAUGAUCCGCUUGCUGCUGUUGAUCCCAAGGUAGCAAAAAACAUUUUUGAUCAAUCCAUUGGCCCACAAAGUUUCCUUCAUGGAAAGACUCGAAUAUUGGUGACACAUCAGACACAUUUUUUAGUUGAAUCUGAUCAAAUGCUUCUUAUGACCAAUGUUCAUAUCGAUGAGUUACAUAUUGAACAACAACCUACAAUUGAGCCAUCGAAUGAAACAUUGGAAACAGAUUCAUCUAAUGACAAGGAAACAGAUUUUGUACUGAAUACUAGUAUAACAGAUAUUAACUCAAUUGUAAAAAGUGUGACGUCAGUUGAAGCAACAAUAUCAAAAUUGGGAGCAUUUGCAUUUGAUGUUGUUGUUGUCGAUGUUGAAGUUGAACCUGCACAACCUAUUGUUACUUCUCCGAAAGCUGUCUGCAAGGCACAGAUGUCAACAAAAGAACUUUGUAUACAUUUAACAGAACUUCAUGCAAAAUCGUUAUUGAAUGACAAUGAUACGUUUUUGUUUGAUUGUGAUGGUGUUCUUUGGAAUUUUCCUCAUAUCUUUACAGGUGCAGUUGAAUUAUUAAAUUAUUUGACAGAACAAGGUAAACGAUUAUUUUUUGUGACAAAUAAUUCAACAACAACACAAGAUGAUUAUGCAAAACGUUUCAAUGAUAUUGGUUAUAAAGCUAAACCUGAACAAAUUAUUUGUACGGCAUGGCUUACUGCUAAACAUUUAAAAUCAAUUAAUUUUAAAGGAAAAUGUUAUGUACUUGGAAUGCAAUCAAUGAAAUAUGAAUUAGAACGAGAAGGUUUUCAAAUUUGUGGUGGUAUUGGUCCUGAUCCUUUACCUUCCGAUAGCAAUGCAGUCACAGUAGAUAAACUUGAAUUAGAGAAAGAUGUUGAUUGUGUGAUAUUAGCUUUUGACUUACAUAUAAGCUAUAUUAAAAUUCUUAAAGCAGCAACUUAUCUUAAUCGACCAAACGUCUUGUUCAUAGCAACGAAUGAUGAUGCAAGGCAUCCACAAAAUGAUGAAAUAGUUAAGCCCGGUACGGGUUCAAUUUUGGCUUCUGUUGUAAUAGCUUCAUGUCGUUCACCUACAAUACUUGGUAAACCACAUGCACCAAUGUUUGAUGCUAUUCGUUUAGCAUUUCCAGAUGUUGAUCCUAAACGAACAGUAAUGAUUGGUGAUCAAGUUGAAACUGAUAUUGCUUUUGGUAAUCGACAAGGUACAACAACAUUACUUGUAUUUAGUAGAGCAACAAGGGAGAAAUAUUUGGAUACUCUUAAACAACAAGUAGAAAAACAUACAGCUGAACGAGAUCUUUUACCUCAUUUUUGUGUCAAAGAUGUCGAACAAUUUUUACAAUUUCUUAAAUCAAAUGAAAGCAACACAUUAUUAUGA